AUGGAGGUGGUUAGACUUGACGCUGGCAACAUUAUAGCGGCUGUUUGUAGAGACAGAGGCAUGGUAAAAGGUGAUAUUGAUACCUUGGGGUGGCAACAGCUCAUGGUUUGUGAUCCCUGCGAGUAUUUAGCUCAUUUUCGCCAGACUUGUGUAGCAGAAAGAGCAAGUUUCAAGCUUUUGAUCUUUUUCUUGUUCUCUCUGAUAUCUCUUAAAGAUGCUAAUCCUAAUGGAAACAAAGAAGAUCAGUCCCCACCGGAUGAGCUACUUGUUGCAGUCAGUGAAGGGUUUUGUACUGGUGCUGCAUGCAGAAAGCAACGUGGAUUGACCUCCCCCUGCCAUCAUGGCAAACAAGGCAAGGAUCACAGAUGUCUAAGUGAUGGAUUUCUGUAGAAUUCUCGCAGCCAAACCACUUCUCAUGUUCCCUUGUACUCUUGCAGUAGCGUCACCU